AUGAGUAGCAGCGGCCGCGAUGAGCCCACACGGGGCAGCCGGCCGACAGCUCUGCCUCCCAAAGCACCAGCAUCGCCAGCACCGCGGGCCAACAAUAAUGGUAUCGCAUGGCAGACUCCUCUGCUACUUACCGUGCGCUUCUCCACCUCCAUUCCCGAUCUCCUCCUCGACAUCCCAAGGCCGUCGCAGACCACGGUCAUCGCACUCAAGCACCUGAUCCGCACUCGCCUGACCGAGCCCAACUCCCAGCGUCGUCUGCGCUUCAUCCACGGCGGCAAGAUCUUGCCAGACACUGCUGUCCUAGGCUCUGUCUUGAAGGCGCCUCCGCCCCCGCCUCGAACGGACGAGUAUGACCCCAAGGGCAAGGGCAAGGCUGUCGAGGGCAGGGACGCCGCCGCACAGCGCGUCUACGUCAAUUGCAGCAUCGGCGACUCGCUGACGGAUGAGGAGCUCGCGACCGAGGCCGAGGCGGCAAAAGCCCCGGUCCCAGAAUCGGUCUCCAGCGGAUCGGCGACUCCGAUCCCGCACGUACACCCGGGCGGUGACGGCAGCGAUGUACAGGGUGGUGGCCGGCCCAAUACGGCAGGCCGAGGUCCUCGGGGAUUUGAUCGCCUGCUAAGUGCGGGAUUCACACCCGCAGAGGUGAACCAGCUGAGGUUGCAGUUCCGCUCAAUCCAGGCAGCUAGGCAUACGCCAGAUACAAUGCCCUCCCCGGACAGUCUACGGUCGAUGGAGGAUGCAUGGAUCGACAACAACAAUUCCGGCACAGGAGGUGUGGGCGGAGCCGGCGGCGACCUCGAUGGGGUUGGUGCGGCCGAAGGAGGAGAAGAGUUCGGCAUGAAUGGUCUAUUAGACGUCCUACUCAGAGGGAUGAUGAUUGGUUUUGUGUGGCCUCUAGGAAGCAUUGGAUGGUUGAUUCGUGGAGAGGCUCGGCUGUCAAAGAGGAUGCGCAUAUUUGUAGGCUUUGGAUUCAUCUUGAGCCUCACUAUAGGGAUUAUAAGAGCAAUCUCUGGCCCCGAGCGAUAG